AUGAGUACUACUGACGAUCAAAUUAACCCUUAUACACAAUCAGUUAACAAUCUAUCCAAUGGAUUAAUAGGUGUUUAUAAACCACCUUUGUUAAAUGUUCAAAAUCGCCUAAAAGAUUUAACAUCCAAACAAAAUAAGAUAAUGUCCCAAAUUCACCAAGAAAAUUUGAACUUAGUAGAAGUGCAGUAUUCACCGGAAAUUCAAGAAUUAUUUAAGAAAAUGAAUACAUACCAUAAUAAAUUAGUCAAUAUUAAGAAAGAUAUGAAACAAAUACAUGAAAGAAGUACAAAGUUGAAGAAAAGAUCAGAAAAAUUACAACAGGUUAAAGAAAGGGAGAAGUUAUUUAAAAUGCAGACUGAACUAGAAAUUAAGCGUGAAAUUGAACUCAUUGGUCCGGGCCCAAGUAAAUCUGAUUCUGUGAGUUCAUUAUAA